AUGAUUCACGGCCCAUGUGGGAUACUGAAUCCAAAUUCUCCCUGCAUGAAAGAUGGGGUGUGCAGCAAAAAUUAUCCUAAAGAUUUUAAUGUCAACACAGUAGCUGUUCACAAUGGUUAUCCGCGCUAUAGGCGUCGUGAUAAUGGGUUGGUUAUCAAUAUUAAAGGCAACAAUGUAGAUAACCGUUGGGUGGUACCUUAUAAUCCUUGGUUAUCGAAGAAAUAUCAAGCCCACAUUAAUGUUGAAGCUUGCAUGUCUGUAAAGGCUGUUAAAUAUUUGUUCAAAUACAUAUACAAAGGACAUGAUUGUGCGAAUGCUUUGAUAAAUGAACAGGUUAAUCGCGAUGAAAUAAACACUUUCUUAGAUUGUCGUUAUGUUGGUGCACCUGAGGCACUGUGGCGAAUAUUUGAGUAUCCCAUAAGUCAUAUGUCACACACUAUUAUCCGUCUUAAGUUUCAUCUUCCUGAAAAUCAGAUUGUGUAUUUUAGAGAAGGAGAAGAACAAGUGGCUUUAGAUCGUGCUGCUCAACGUGAUACACACCUUACGGCCUGGUUUAAAUUGAAUUUUGAAAAUGGAGGAGCCCAUCGCUACUCCUGUUCUAUAUUGAAUAGAUGUAAAUAUGUUGACAUUCCAUAUCACUUUGUAUUUGAUGAUAAACAUUGUAAAUGGAAGGUUAGACAAAAAGGUGGAAAUAAGGUGAUAGUAACAAUGUAUAAAGUUAGUCCAACAGGAGAAUUUUUUUUACUUAGAUUGUUACUUUUACAAGCAAAAGGAGCAACAUCUUGGGAGGAUUUGCGUACGGUUAAUGGAAUAGUUCUUGAAACCUUUCGUAAAGCGUGGGUUUUUAAUGGUUUGUUGCAAGAUGACACUGAAUGGCAGAAUACUCUUUCCGAGGCAGUUUUAACGCGAAUGCCUAAGCAAAUCAGGCAGCUGUUUUUAAUUAUUUUAACUUUUUGUGAAGCUGAUGACCCUUUGCAUCUUUGGAAUUCAUACAAAGCUUUUAUGAUGGAGGAUUUCAUUCAUCGCCAAGUUUCAUUUAUAUUAGCUGAACAAGCUACUCUUCUUCAAAUCGAAAAGAAUAUUACUCAAAGUGGUAAAACGCUAUCUGAUUAUAAUUUGCCUGUUGUUGAUGAAUUCAUAGAUUUUAAUCUAGAAAAGUUAAAUGACAAUGUUCAGCAAUCAAUUGACGAAGCUAAUAGAAUAAGACCGCUUCUUAAUGUCAAUCAAUUAAAUGUAAGUAAUGCUGUCCUUGCUGCAUUGAACGAGCAACCAUGUGUAGAAAAUCAACAUUCCAGAUUUUUUUUUAUGGAUGGACCAGCCGGUAGUGGCAAAACUUUUGCAUAUAAUUAUUUGAUUGCUGAAAUGAGCAGUAGGGGUGUUAAAUAUGCUACAGCUGCAUGGACUGGCAUAGCAGCAACUCUUUUUACAAAUGGAUCUACGCUGCACGGGUUAUUUAAACUUCCUGUCCCAAUACUGGAUAACAGCACAUGUAAUGUGACUCCUAACUCUAUUCAGAGACAAUUUUUAAGGCAAAUUAGUUUGUUUAUGCUUGACGAGACAUCCAUGAUUCCCAAACACGCUUUAAAUGCAAUUGAUCGGUUGUUAAAAGAUGUUUGCAACAACAACUUUCCAUUUGGAGGAAAAGCCAUUCUUUUUGAUGGUGACUUUAGGCAAAUUUUGCCUGUUGUGAAAAGAAGGAGACCAGCUGAAGUUGUAGAAUCAUGUAUAAAAUGUUCUUUACAGUGGCAAUGGGUGCAAAAGUUUACAUUAACUGAAAAUAUGAGAGUACGUGAUGGAGAAGGAGAUUUUUCCAAAAGGCUUUUAAAACUUGGUAGUGGAACAAUACCUGUCAAGGAGGAAGAUCCUUUUAAGGGAUGUAUUGAAAUACCGCAACAGUGCAUUAUUAGAGAAAACGAAUCAAUUGUUGAAAAAAUAUUUGGAGAUGCUCAACAAGAUGAUUAUGCUAAACUUGUCUUUUUAAAACCCACUAAUGUGGAUUCAUUGUCAAUCAAUGAAGAAGUUAUGUAA